CACGGCGCUACUUAUAACUGACGGUUUUAUUGCACAUGAUCAAUGUACACCUCAUCGCACAGCAACAGAAAAGAAAAACACAAACAGGUCCACCCAGCAAUUCAUUUGUGACGGGCCACUAUGCAGACAACAACAUUUUCUUUUUUUUGGCAAAUCGUGGUUCGACGAAAAACACCCAUCUAGCUGUUGGAAACCAUUGUCUGUUGAACACUUUGGUCGAUAUACCGUGGUUGUAACCUCAAGGAGAUAAUAUGCUAUGUUGUGGUAUGUAUGUAUUAAAUGUCCCAUCUCCUGUGUGUAUCAUUUCAUUGUCAUCGCAUUCAUCUGGAUUAGCAUGAUAGGCGUGCCGCCAGACAGUCUUUUUUUAUUUGACAGCCUCUCUCUCUCACUUUGCAAUAAGCCGAAAAAGUUUCGGGAGUCUGGUAUUCGGCGGGCACCCGCCACACACAAAAGCACGUUGAGGCAAUGCUUUCAGCGUUUCAAUGCACGUACACAACAUUGCAGAUGUAGCCUUCUUCAGUGAAACACCGUCCGCGAUGAUCUUGACCGAUGAUGUACGGUCUUGUGCAGGUAGCCAAAUACCUGUUCUGAACGGGGAUUCUUCGAGCAUCUUGCACGAUUUGGAGAACGGGACAGGCGCAGGCUCAUUAAUGAUUUGAAUCCACCUGAAAGGGACAAAUGUCCCGGAAUCGAUUCUCGCAAAUAUCACGAAUCUAAAACGACUUCACCGAAGUCGGAAUAAAGCCCCUUGAUCGAUGCACUCCGACAAAUGGUCGGCGGAACACGUCAUUGAGGGUCUUUAAUGCCGGCAUGCGGCCGCACGUGCGCUCGGGGCACGUGCGUUAGUUCUCCACCGUACUUCAAGCAGACGAACUUCGGCACGCCAUGAGAAGACAUCCUAUCCGAUAAAUAUAGACAGAUUAUGCGCGAUUCUUGCCUUCUUUUUCUUCUUUGCACAUUUACUCUUCUUGGAGCAAUCAUUGUUUUUUCGUUUUUCUCACCGCGCGAUUAUUCGCCCAUUCUCUUUUGUUGGCACGUGCCAUAGUGGUGAAUCGUCGUCGUCAUCAUGUCACGUGAAAGGCCUUUCGAACAGAUCAGUGCCUCAGUUUCAAACAGCUCAGCGUCUAGGGUCUGUUCCAUACCAGCGCAAGCAUACCGGGUACAAUGAACUACUACUACGACGUCGUGGACGCCUUCAUCGACACGUGCGACCCACGAGCGAGGAAUUGGCCGCUGAUGGGUAAUCCCACACCGAUGCUACUCUUGAUGCUCGGCUACUUCGCGUUCUCGAUCUGGUGGGCACCGUGGCUGAUGCGAAGCCGCGAACCACUUCGCGUACGCGGACUGGUCCGGUUGUACAACCUCGCCAUGGUCGUCUGGAACGCUUACUUCGUCGUGGCCAUGGGGCGGCUGUCCUACUUCCACGAGGACGCGCGGAAGCGCUACAGCUGGCUCUGUCAGGGACCUGACUACACCCGAGGAGGGCUGCCCUUGCUCAGCCUGGCCUGGUGGUACCUCAUCAUGAAGCUCGCUGAACUCUUCGACACGGCGACUUUCGUGAUGACCAAGAACUUGAAUCACGUGACUGCGCUGCACGUCUUCCACCACGCGUCCGUCGUGGGCGUCAUGUGGAUCUCGGUUCAGACUGGCGUCGUGGGGCAGAACGUUUUCUCCAUGAUCUUAAACGCCCUGGUGCACGUGCUGAUGUACACGUACUACUUCCUCACCACGCUCGGACCCGAAGUGCGCAAAUGGCUCUGGUGGAAACGCUACCUGACUCAGGUCCAGAUGGUGCAGCUCGCGUCCUUCGUGCUCUUUGGAGCCGUGCCCCUCUUCGUGGACUGCAGGUUCCCGCGAUGGAUGGCGCUACUCAUGGUUGGAGUGCCGCUGGUGCUGCUGGUUAUGUUCUGCGCCUUUUACCGACGAUCGUACGCGGCCAAGGAAAGCCUCGGACGGCUGGGAGACUGCCUUAAUGUUGAUGCGCACUCGAAACGCGGCUGACAUUCACCGUACACCAAGUCGUGCGUUGUGUUGUGCAAAAAUAAAUGAUUUGGUUAAGCAGCUUACUUGAAAAAAAAAAAAAAAGACGCGUUCACACAAACACGAAUGAUGAGUACACACACAGGCGCCGAUUUCAAAUUCGCUGCUCAACCAAAGCAUGGAUUAUCGACUAGCUCCUCAGCUCGUGCUAAGCACAAAUAAACGACCGCUUUGAAUACGGCUUUUAAUAAAUCCUGUCAUGUUUUCUGUUACUGCAUGUGAUGAUGUGUAGGCCCUGCGGAAAAUUCUUCUGCUGGGGGAUCUGCCACGCACUCUUCGGGGGAACACCUUUUAGUUAGGCAGUGCUCCGACAAAUGUGUGUGCAGCAAUAACGUCAUGACACGAGUUUCUAAUAGAGUGACGCGGCAAUUCUCUCAAGAAAAUGUGCAGCUGCUUUUUAUUUCUUCUUUUAAAUGAUACCUGACGAGCUGUUCUGCACC